AUGCGCGCCGAGCCGCCCCCGACUUCCUCAGCGGCCCCUGCGAUGACUGUGACCUCCAGCAGCAGUGGGUCAACGCAAGAACACGAAGUCCGUGUUCACGGUCUUGGAAUCACGGACCAAGAUGCCCAUCGACGCUCUCGCUGGAGCAUGACCGAAGCUGAAUCUGGCACCUCAUCAUCUCUCUACAAUCUUGCGUCACCAGCAGGACGAAGAAGCAUGCCAGAGAACAUCAACGGCGACGACGGCAUCCGAUCUCGGCAUCAGAGCGGCGUCCACCACCAUGACCACCCUCCUCUUCCCCCCCUAGACACCAGCAGCGCCCUGACCCACCAGCUUGCGCCGGGCAGUGCUCUUCCUUCGCCGCGGCCUAUGACGCCGUCAUCACCGCCUGACUAUGUUGUCGCAGUCGUUGGAUAUGAGAACGUGGGCAAGUCGACCGUGAUUCGCAGAGCCGUGAAGACGUGGGGCGGAUCACCAGUCACCACCUCGUACACGCCGGACGGCUACAAGAGUAGCAAGGUCGAGUUUGUCGAAAUCAACAUUCGCGCCCUUGACAAAUCCGGCAUUGGGGAGGUCUUCCCUCCUGGAAUGUCACCGGUGUCGGGCUUGAUCCUGUGCUACGAUGCCCACCGUCAGGAGACGUUGCAUGGUCUGAGCGAGGUAAUCCAAUACCUGAGUCCUACGAUGCCUAUGGUCCUUUUCGCGUGCAAGUCGGACCCCGACAUGCCCACAGAGGUCGACGCUCAGGUUGGAGACUCGAUCGGCCAGCCCUACAACGUGGGCUUGAUCGAAGUCACCACUGCGACAAAGCACGGCAAGCACAAGAUGCGAACAGGCCUUCGCUGGCUUCUGUAUCGGUUAGAAGAGCGGCAAUAUCACCGAUCCCCAGUAACCGACGGAUCAGUAACUCAGGAUAGCCCUCAAACCGUCUCGACAGAGCGAAGUGCUUCAGAGCACAGCACCGAAGAGUACUCCGACGCUCACUCCAUCACGUCAAGCUUUGAGAAGAUGCAGAACUGGGACGACGAGGAUGUGGCCUCGGCGCAGAGCACGCCGACACUGGAAGAGACGAACUCGAAGGAGACCAGCCCCGGUGGACACGAGGAGAAGGUACCCGACCAGCCGACAGUCACGACGCCGACGGACAGUUCAUCUGAGCCCCAGGUCUACCUGAGCAUGCAGGAGCUCAUGAAUCAGCUCUUCACCGCCAUCGUCUCCACAGAAAACCUAAUGGCCGAGUUCGUGGAGCGCUUCACCGAGGUCGAGCAAUACGCAGUCUCCAGGGACAUCCGGUUGUGGGCGUUAAUGAAGAUUACCAGCAGCCUUGUGCUGUGGACGACCCGUUAUCCUGGAGAUCUCGCCGACGAAGAGACACAGAACAUCUUCCGCGAUCUACUUGCCCUCAUGCUGCAGUACUCCUUCCUCGCUCACCUCACUGUCGAGCUCGUUAAGGUCGAGCAAAGCCUCGGUGACGUUAUUGACAUCGACCGGUCGUGGGCGUGCGGUUCGAGCGCGCAUCAUCACCCUACAACCCCGACAACCAUUCCUCCGACCACGCCAGCGGACCCGGACUCGUCGAAGGCGAUCGAGCUGGUGGUGGACAAGGAACACUUAUACGACGAGCCAGAAGAGAUGAACGGCAACCUCUCGGUCGCUCAUUCUCACUCGAUGGACAAACCGACUUCGACGCGAUCGAUGUCUUCCUCCAAUCUCUCCGUUGACGCGAUUGGGCGCCCGAGCGAGCACUCGUCUUCCCUCUCAGACUCCAACAGCGACCUCAACCGGCAGCUCACAGCCGACCCACACAGCCAACGUUGGGCUGCCGCGAUCAACACGAUCAUUAGCAUGGACGCCCACGUCUUCGCCGUGGAGCUCACCAAGAUUCAGUGGCAAAUGUUCAUGAAUAUUCGCCCACGAGACAUCCUCCGGCACGAUCUCGGCAAGGAGCGCGACGAUCCGGUUGGCCUUUCCAUCGAGUUCUUCAACCACCUGUCUCGCUGGGUGUCGACCAUGGUGCUCGCUCACCCGAAGCCGAAAAUGCGCGCAAAGGUGUAUGAGGCCUUUGUUCGCAUCGCUCGUCGCCUGCGCAAGCUGAACAACUAUGACUCGCUCUGCGCCGUCAUUGCCGGGUUGCGGGAAACGUCAGUUCACCGACUGGGACAGACCCACGCCCUUGUCAAGCUUGACCCGCUCAUCAUGCGAGACUUCCAGUCUCACCUUCGGCUGAUGGACCCGCGCGGCGGUUACACGCACUACCGACGAGCGCUCCAGGCUGACGCCACCUACGGGCACGCGGCUAUUCCUCUACUUUUGGUUAGCAAGCUGCAGGCCGCGCGCCCAGAAGACCGACGAGCGGACGGUAAGAUCCAGUGGGCAAAGUUCGCUCGCAUGGGAGAGAUCAUGGCCUCCAUCCCCGACUUCCAGGCUCGAGGGUCGAUGGUCCCGGGCAAUGCCACGACCGCCUUCCGUCGCCUUAUUGAGGCGACGCCCGUCAUCUCCAGUGAAGACGUGAGUUACUCGAGGCGACUUCAGACAACUAACAAGCAGGGCCUGUACGAGCGCAGUAAGAUGCUUGAGCCAGCUGGCUCGCAUCCGCAGGGCAUGUUCCGCAAGCUCGCGAGCCUUGCGUUGUGCGUUUACGUUAAACCCAGGGCUGUGAUUGGAGUGACGGCAUUCCAUGCGAUGGCCACACCUCGAGCUCACAACGUUGACCAAGUCUGCCUGGCAGUGCACCGCAGGGGGGGUGAUUUGAGUAACGAAACGGACCCUGGCCGAAGGCGCUCAACGGCCCGAGACGACCUGCCCGGUCGCCCAAGAUUUCACAACAACAGUCCCUGGCAUCUGCAAUGGAGCACCUCUGCUCCUUCCUCACCAUCUGUCCGGUUCUCUGAUCCCCGCGCAUUUGAACUCAUCCUCAUCGCUGUCGUACAGUUGGACUCGAGCCAGCCUCAACAUUCAUCGACAGGUCCCAGAGUUCCCGCCCAUUCCGAAAAGCUGGCUUCAUACCAGAAACCGCUGGCUCUCCUGCCAGCGGGCGAAUACCGAAACAAACUUUGGCUCCAAACCCUUACCUCUCGUGUUCUUGCAUUUAUCCUCUGCCUCGGGUUGGAAGCGCACACCGAGGAGUUCUUCGCUGUCCUUGCAAACCCUAACCUGAACGUCUGUCGCUGGCUCUCCCGUACAUUCCUGCCUCAGACGUCCCAUGGUCCUCUCUCUGCCUUAGAAGGAAGACUCCAUACACAGUUUGCUGGGCAGGUUUCUACAUCUGGAGACGUACCGGAGCGUGAGCUAGCCCCCCUGUCAGCCGUUCUCACUGCUCCAGCGCCUGUCGCCAGUCGGGCCGUCUCAACUUGGCCAGUAGCCAGGUACCAGGACCGAAGUGCGCAGGGCGCAGCAUGUCCACCGAUGCCUGGCGUGCAGCGCCUCCUCGGCCUCUCGGGCCGUAGACCUGGAGCAGCCUCGAAGGCUCACAGUGGGUCUUCCCGAGACGCCCUGUCCCACCUGCCCAUCGCGUCUGACAUUCUGGCACUUGCCGCAUCAUGCGCCCGAAAUGGCUCACCACGUCGGGUCGAGCUCCUCGCAGCUCGCCACUGA